AUGAGUCAAGCCCCUUAUCCACCUGGAGGAUAUGCCUAUGGACCAGGACAAGGAUAUCAACAACCAGGUUAUUACAUGUCGUGCAUGACGUCAGGAACGAAAUUGAGGCAUAUAUGAGCCUACUGGGACUGGCUUAGGCCAAUAGCACUAUGCAAAAUUUUGUUUGUUUUGCCAAAAAAAUCUGUCAACGGGAAGCCAUUUCUAGUGUCAAGUGACUGUGCUCUAGCAUGCGCUGUGGCCCUGGUGGCUAACUUUUGCAGCCGUUCAACUAGAAAAUUUUAGAUUUUUCACAGAAAUCAUCUGUUGAGCACCCUGGAUUUCACAGGUUGAGAGCAUUGGGCUCCCUACAAUUUUUCUUAGAGCACAUGCAGCCAUGAAUGAUUUUUAUUCACCUACCAAAAUUUUUUCAACUGUCACCAAACUUCAAAGAUGCCGUCAAGAACAUUUUGGAGGCAGCCACAAAGCCUACACUGUUGGGUAGGUCCUUGGUCUUCCUUGACAGCUAUCCUUCAUCAGGGCAUGUUAUUUCGUGAACAUGACCAAUUAAAGUUCCUUUUAUUGACAUUUCUGGUUAUACAGAAAAGUUUGCUUGUCUCAGAUGCGAACAAGGUUGCAAAAAUAAAAAAUUGGUGAUUAAGAAUUUCCAAAUUUUUUCAAACUCCAAACUCCAUUUUUAGUCAUAGUUAGGUGUGAACAGGGGGCCCUAUGUAAAAACUUGAAUUAUGCUGCUUUUUUAAUUUCCUGAAUUACAAGUGGCUGGUUAUCUAGUCCCAUAAAUUAUUGUGACAUUGUAAAUCUUUCCUUCCCCUUGAAGUCAGUUAAUGUCUCCUUUUCCACAAAUUUUGGAUUUAUGCAGGGUCAUUUCUUAAUGCCAUGCGUGCCUAAUUACCUAACCAUAUGCAUUUUGUUCAUAUUUGUUAUCGUUAAUUUUCAGGUCAGCCACAAGUUGGUUUUGCCCCUCAACAGGGUUAUGGUCCUGCGCCCCCUCAGCAGCAAGGAUAUGGA